AUGGCCUUUCUGGCCGCCAAAGCGCAGGCCAUGGCCUUCACUCUGAGGUGCAAUGUUCCAGCGUCCUAUUCCAGAGAGAGCAUGAAGAGAUUGAUUCGGCUAAACUGUGACAAGGUGAACAGAUCUGUCAACGAUUUUGAAGCGUUGGGGGCGGAAGAAUCAGAACUGGACACAGGAUUGAGGAUGAUCUUGGGCGACCAAUACGACAUAGACAACCUGCAGUGGUUAGAGAAAGGCUCCUUGGCCACAGAGGCUUGUGAAAAUGCGACGACGCUAUUGGCAGAGACGGAAGCCAUUGCAUGGAGGUUGGCAGAGAACGAGACUGCUUCAAGGUUUAUGGAAGCGACCAACCUGGCAGUCAACGC